AUGGACAUCCAUGGACAUUCUGGCACUGAUCUGUUUAAUAUAGGAAAAGAAUGGUUUAGUGGCCUUCGUUUAAUCUCAAAUCCAUUAAAAAGUAACAGCGAUGUUAACGACUUGUUUUUAGUUAAAAGAAAUGAGUCUGUUAUAAAUCAUAACACAAGCGAACAAAACUAUUCAAAUUUAUCACAAGUAGAACAUUUAUAUGAAUAUACUAAGCAACUAAAGGAAAAACCGUGUUUGCCUGAUGAUUAUUUUUCCCAUCAACCAAUAAUUAAUACAUCCAGUCAACAUAGGGAACAUAGUAAUAUUUUACAUUGUUUACCGUCACAAACGACAUUGUAUGAUUUAUGUCAAAUAUCAACGACUAAUGAUCAAACGCAAGACGGUUGUUUUAAAGCACUUAAUUAUGAGGAUUCCAUCAGUGACGAUGGUUUUCAAUCGGCAUCAUCUGGAUUAACUUCGCCAACCAAUUCAUUUGAAAAAGCAUCUGUUGUUUCAAAAAAACAAGAGGAUGAUGAGUCGAAUGAAAAGAACAAGAAUGUGAUCAAUAUAUGGAAUAAAGCAUUAAUUAACAAUCAAAAUGAAUACUAUACAUGGGAAAAUAGAGGCAGUCAUUCAUUUCGGUGUACAUUGCCAUAUCUUUUCGAUAUUCGUGAUAAUUCAUUUACAAAAUUUUGUUGGUUUUUAUUAUCUCAAGAUUCAUCCAUUUGUAUGAACGAAAACAAUAUUAUUCAGUUUCGUUCAAUAUCCCUUUGUGAAUUUCUUCGUGAUUUAUGUUAUUUAUUAUUAAAUGUUCCAUCUUCCUCAUUUAGCUGGCAAGAGACUGACCAAACAUUUAUGUUUAAUUCUGAGGUGGUUGUCGAUGGCUAUACUCGAGAGGCCAUUAGAAUAUUUGCAUUGAAGUAUGUCACUGCAGGAAAUAAGUUUUGUAUCAUCUACAAUUAUGUUAAUGAUGAGAAGAAUGACAUACAUUCAUGUGAAACUGAAAUACAAUUUCGUCGAGCAUUAAGAUAUUAUUUACGUUUUAUACAAAAUACCAUUGUCAUUCAUGAAAUGUCAAAAUUUUCAUUGAUACAAUUUUCAUCUCAUAUUGAUACAAUUAUUUGUACUGUUGAUCUUCCAGUCAGUUUAAUAGUCGAUAUUAAAAACUUAGAAAAGUUAAUUCAAACAAAUUGUCCAACAACAUCAUUAGCAUUCAUUAAAUUAUCAUCGAUUUUACAUACGUUAUUGACUCAUCGUCAUCAUACCGUUAAUAACAAUCAUUUUUUAUUACUGUUACAUUUUGUCACCUAUUCAUUACGUCCGUUAAUCAAAUUUUUCCAACAAUUAAUAUUGUAUUCAGUUCAUGAUGAUCGUUAUAAUGAAUUUCCAAUUGUUUUUAAUCAAGAUAGAAGAAAUGGAUUAAAAACGAAUGAUUUUUGGACUAAAACAUUUAUGAUACGCUACUUACAUUCAACAAAUCAAAUAAAUAGGGAUAUUUUACAUCAGAUAUUAUCAUUUGAUUUAUUACAACAAAUUGUAAAUAUAACAAGAUCAUUGACAUUGAUACGUUUAUGUGAUAAACAUCAUCCUCUAUGUUCAGAUGAUAAUUUUUAUCCGAGUUUAAAAUUUGUUUGUGCCUAUAAUGAAAUAGAUAGAAAGGAUAUUGAACAAUAUAAAAUAUAUAUGAAUGAAAAAAUUGAUCGACACGAACAGAACAGACGAGAUUUUCGUUUACAAAUUGAAGAAGCAAAACGUCAAGAACUUCUUGAAAGAUAUGCUGUAGUAGAUAAAAGAAGAGAAGUUAUGCAAGAUAUGAUGGAUAAUCAACAAAAGAAAGACAUUGAAAAAAGACGAAAAAUUCGUCAACAGUUAGAAGAACAAAUUGAAGAUAAAGAACGACAGAAAAAAGAAGAGAAAAUCGCUGAUACUGCUGCUAGACAAAACCCUGAUACGAAUAUAACAACUGUUAUAGGAUCACAAUUGCCAUCACAAUAUUCAAAUCUUGUUGACAGUGUUAGGCAAGAACUAAUAACAACUUAUGAUAAAAAAACUCGUAUCGUUGAUGAGCGCGAACAACUUGCGAAAUUGAGAGUUCAACAACACAAAGGUGAAGAUACAAUAAAAGUAUCCAAAACUGUUACUGAAAAUAAACACAUUCCAUCGCAAAUCGUAGAUACAAAUGUUGAUAACGAAAUAAUUAUUAGAAAACAUGAAAUUAGUCCUAUUGAAUCACUCGUUGAAACUGAUAGUGGAAUAGAAACAUUAAAUACAACAAUAACGGUUGACGAAGAAGGAAAUGAUACACUCGAUUUAACAACAUCAAUAACGACGCCAUCGAAAAAUCACCUUGAUAAUCUAUCGAAAAACAAGCCAUCCUCUAAUUCGAGCAAUGUUAAUGAUAUUUUACAUACAAAACAAGUAAUGGGUUAUCAUGUUAGUCACGAAUCUUCUUCAUCAACAAUGGAUAGACAAUCUGAAAAACAGAAUGAAAUUACUGUUUAUCGUCCAUCAGUUCGAAUAGUACCCAGCAAUGUUUUAAAAUCAACUGUGCAAAAUUAUAUGAAACGAAACAUAGAGAGUGUGAAUGAUGAUAACUUAGUAGUAGAAGACGAACAGAAAGUGUAUGAUUGGGAUGAAGUCAUUGCUGCCGGACCACGAUUUCACUAUAGUGAUUCAUUUAGUAUAAACAAUCAGUUGGAAGUCUCGACAGCUUCCAAUGUUCGUGAUGUUGAAAUGGAUGGUAUUAUGCCGCUGAAAGUUUGGCUUGAUCAAUCAUUGUCACCGAUUAUUCAUUUACAAUCUCAGUUGGUCAAUCGUGCACUACUCAAUUAUUUUCAAGAUGAACUACAAUUACAUCAACAUUUAGGAAAUUUGCGAACAUAUUACUUUUUAGCGAAGGGCAGAUUUGGUCAAGCAUUUUGUCAAGAAUUAUCCCGACAGUUAUUAUUGACAGAUGAUGUAAGAUCAGUUUACAAAGUAUCAUCGUUGCGCCAUUGUCUCUAUAGCUCAUUGGAUCAAGCAGGUGAACUGAAUAAUCUGGAUAUUCUUCGAUUGGUAAUAAAGCCAGAUAUACCAAAUUCCCUUGAUUCAUCUCUACUUGAUUAUUUUGAUCUUAUUUAUGUGGUUAAAUGGCCAAUGAAUAUUAUCGUUACGGACGACAUGAUUGAGAAAUAUAAAUCCAUCUUUCGUUUUUUACUACGUAUCUUAUUGAUAAAACAAGUACUAAAUGAAAUUUGGGUUACAUUAAAAUCUGGUAAUUGA